GCUAUUUGUGGACCAACAGCGAUAAAGGAACAGUGAAAGUCAAGAUCAGUCUGUCCACUCCAAGUGGUCUUUCUCUCUUCAGGCAGUUCUUCCUAGGACUCAGAACUCUAAACUUCACCUCAUUUCUUCCUGAACAUCCUGAGUCUGAAUUCCAGUUCUAGAGCAUUCCAAGGCAACUGCCCUUGCUGCAGUGCACAGACUUCUCCUAAGAGGAGAACGUUCCCAGAGGCGCCACUGCCCUCAGAUCAAGGUCACCACUGCUGAGGUUAAGGCUUAUGCCAUCAAGUGAGGCUGGGCACCGCAAAGUCAGCUGUUCUCUGCUUUGUGACCAGUUGUGCUUUCUGAAGUGAUCUCUCACUGCUGUGAAAAGAAGCAUCUUUGGUGGUUAGAGAGAGCUCCGUGUACCUCUUCUACAUACAGAGCCAUGGCUUGGGCCUCCAGCAUUAAUGCAUUCUUUAAUAAUUUUAAGAGGGAAAGCCAAAUCCUCUCUGAGGAAACCAUCACCUUGAUUAAAACCCACAUCAAGAGCAAUAACCUCCAGGAAGCACUUUCUGUAAUCAACAAUGCACUGAAAGACAUCGAGAAUGCCCCCCUGAACAUUGCUGUGACAGGGGAGACAGGGACAGGGAAGUCCACGUUCAUCAAUGCCAUAAGAGGGGUCGGACAGGAAGAUGAAGGUGCAGCCCCCACCGGGGUGACAGAGACAACCAUGGCGAGAACUCCAUACCCACAUCCAAAGCUUCCCCAGGUGACACUAUGGGACCUGCCUGGCAUUGGGUCCUCUUCUUUCACACCAGAAAACUACCUAAAAGAAAUGAGGUUUCAUGAGUAUGACUUCUUCAUUAUCAUCUCAGCUUCACGCUUCAAAGAAAAUGAUGCCCAGCUAGCCAAAGCCAUCUCAAGGAUGAAAAUGAAUUUCUACUUUGUCCGAACAAAGAUAGAUAAUGAAUUAUAUAAUGAAAAGAAAAGUAAACCCAAGACAUUCAAUAAGGAGAAUGUCCUAAAGAAAAUCCGGAAAGACUGUUCACAGCAACUCAAGGAGGUUCUCUCAGGUGAGCCUCAAAUCUUCUUAGUCUCUAACUUUGAAACGUCUGAGUAUGACUUCCCAAUUCUGGAACAAAAACUCCUAAAGGACCUCCCAGACAAAAAACGCUAUGUCUUCAUGCUAUCUUUGAACAGUGUUACCAAGGAGGCCAUUAACCUCAAGAGAGAUUUCCUAAAGCAGAAGGUCUUUCUAGAGGCCCUGAAGAGUGGAGCAUGGGCCACCAUUCCAUUUGUUGGCAUGAUCAGGGAUGAGUUAGAGGAUCUGGAUGAAACAUUCAAUCAAUUCAGGUCUUACUUUGGACUGGAUGAUGCCUCAUUGCAAAAGAUUGCUAAAGAUUUUAAUAUAUCUGUGAAUGAACUGAAGGAACACCUUUCGUUUCCCCGUUUGUUUGCAGAAGAUGAUGAUGUGUCCUUACUAAAAAAACUACAGAAUUAUAUUGAACGUGUUUCCUUGGGUAUUAUUGGUGGACUAGGUGGUGCUGUUUAUUACUACAAGAAGUCUUACUAUCUGCAGAAUGUCUUUAUUGAUGCUGCAGCAAAUGAUGCCAUAGCUCUUCUUAACAAGAAAGAUCUUUUUAAAGAGAAGAUGGGACCAAAUAUAUCUAAGCCCCCCGAUUUCUGGGAAUGAUGGAAAAAUGAGGCACAAGGUCCAUUCAGUGUUUACUUUUGGCCUUGUUUUGGACACUGACACAUGACCUUUCCAGAAUAACAAACCUUGCCUGUAGAAUGCUAGAAUGUUCAUCCUUUUCCUCUUAGGGAACCAGAAGAUCACUGUUGCAAGUACUCAAUUAUGCUGGAGUAGUAGAAAAAGAAGAGUCAGCAACAUUGUACAAAUGUGUGAGGAAACCUUGUUUCCAAAGUAUGUAAAGCACACAUGAAAAUAUUGAUUGGAUUUGUUAUUUUAUGGUCUAAUGACUCCUGGAUCCUUUGCCCCUGAGAAAGUCUCCAUACGGUUUUGCAUUCUCAGAGCCAAAUCUGCUUUGUUACUUGUUUGAGGGCAUCUGAUCCCCAACAAUAUGUAGAUAAACACACCUCCUUAAGAGGUGUGAGCCCCACACAAGAUGAGCAAAACAGGUGGGGACUGGGACCAUUAAUGAAACUCCAUCCAGGAGCAGCCUGGUUAAGAAAAAAAAAUAGAUGAAUUAACAUGAUCCUCAUGGCCCAUGAAAUAAUGACUUCUAUUUCAUAUCAUCAUUGGCCAAGAUGAGCAUACUAGAAAUUCAUACUAUGUGAUUGAAAACUAAAACAUUGAUUAUAGAUUGUCUCUCCAAAAAUCAAAAUAAAAGCAAACAAACAAAAACCUGUUUGAGUGCUUUUCUCUGAAACCCCAAGACACCGUUGAUCCUUGCUCUCAUUUGAUUGGAGCCAGGAUGUGAAGCUUUUGACAACUGCUUUGUCCUACCACUCUGCUGACCAUUCAUGGUAUAGAUGUUCUGAUAGUCUGACAGAAUUUAGAGUCAAAUGUGAGAUGAGCCGCUGAGAAUCCCUGUGAGAUAUUAUCUUGAUUACUUGAUUUUAUCUCAUUAUAUCACUGACAUCAAGAGACCAUGUUAAUGGCAAGCAGGUCCCUCCUCCCAAGACAGAGGAUUCUGAACUGCAUAAAGUGGGUAAGGGUAGUUGAACUUGAAUGCUUUCUACCCAUCUCUGCUUCCUGACUGUGUUUGAAAUAGGACCAACUCUCUCAGUCCUCUACUGCUGUGACCUCCCCAAUAGAGGGCAGUACAACCUUAUGACCAAAGAGAAGCCCUGGCUGCCUUACUUACAUUGCUUUGCAGGAAAUUUUGUCACAGCCACAGAGAAGAAACUAGGGUAGACACCUGACUGGUCUCUUGGUUAAAGCCCCUGUGAAAUUUCCAUACUGAUAGCUUUCCCACCAGAAGAGGAGAGAUGCAGGCAAGGCAUCCCAGGGGCAAAAAAUAAAGCAAAUGUUAGGUCAGUGUUGGAAUCCUACAGAAAACCAGAGGCAUUGGUCAGGCCUGUGUCCUCUGUCAGCUCUGUCCAUGUCCACACCACAAUGACAUUAGUGACUUCUGUGUGUGGUGACCCACACACGCGAUAAAACAACAUACGGGAGGAAGGCCUGCUUUGUCCCAGAGUCAGAGAAAUGCAGGUCACUUUCCAGAGGUGGCAGGUGGCAGAAGCGGUGGGGUCCAUCCAAGCAGAAGGUCAUCUGGGAGACAACAGAGAAGAAGCAGACAAGGCUAGAGGACACGAGGCAAGGAAUUCACAGUCCUGGGCUCCAGACCUACUAACAGCACUGCCCUAGGCCCCACAGCAUGAAAUACAGGAGUCUGUGGAACUCAUUUCAGAUUUCAAACAUAAUACUCUUGUAUCCAUAGCUUAUUCUCUUUCUGAAAACCCAGACAUGCGUGGAGAAAUUGAUGCUGUAACUUGUAUCCAAACAGCCUGGAGCAAGAAGCCUCUCUUCUUUUGGUGUUGUUGGAUCUUCUUCAAAGACUUGGCUGAUGUAAUUCACCAUGUGGAAUUUGUUCAAUGUGUCUCCUCACUCAAACUUUAGUGUCACAUAAAUACAGCUUCAGCUCACUCUACCAAUGGUUAGUGCAUCUGGAUGGUACAAUCUGGCCUGGUUCCCACGCAAAAUUUAUCUGUC